GAAAUUAAUACGUCUAUGCGUCUAAUGUCAAACGAACAAUCGUGUCGUCGUUGACGUAUAGUGUUCACGCAGUUCAGACGCAGUGUUUAUAACAGGAAGAGCUGACAGCUUCAGUAUCACACAGGUCCAUAUACAGUUGUGCAACCAGUGACCUUGAUUUUAGCCAGUGUUUAUUUUAUCGGUUUCCAAGAAUUCAGGUCAGAGCUACUGAAAACGUCUGUCUGUGAAUGAUCCAAAUAAUUCAGUGUAAAUUACAUGAGGAGUGAAAUCUCUAGUGUAAUAUGGCUGGUUGACGCACGGAAUAAACAACAGUAACCAAGGUAACCAAGAGUGUGCUGAAGACAUCAAUGUACUGCAGUUCUGAUAGCAGCCAUCAUGACCACAGAGGCUGUGUCCUCAGGGACUCGGGCUCAAAUCCCAGCUCCUGUCCAGAAAGACUACUACUACUGGUUACGCUCUUUCGCAGCUGGAGGUGUUGCAGGAUGCUGUGCCAAGUCCACCAUAGCGCCUCUCGAUAGAGUAAAAAUUUUACUACAAGCUCAAAAUCCUCAUUACAAACACCUUGGAGUGUUUGCCACACUUAAGGCUGUGCCAAAAAAAGAGGGCUUCCUUGGACUAUACAAAGGAAAUGGAGCUAUGAUGAUCAGGAUUUUCCCAUAUGGAGCCAUUCAGUUUAUGGCUUUUGAUAACUACAAAAAGUUCCUUAACACACAACUUGGAAUAUCUGGGCAUAUUCAUCGGCUCAUGGCAGGAUCUAUGGCAGGGAUGACUGCAGUUAUUUGUACCUAUCCACUCGAUGUUAUCCGAGCCCGCUUGGCGUUUCAAGUGACAGGAGAACAUCGCUACACUGGCAUACGAAAUGCGUUUCAGACUAUUUACCUUAAGGAAGGAGGUAUCUCUGGAUUCUACCGUGGUUUGACCCCCACAAUCAUUGGCAUGGCUCCAUAUGCAGGCUUUUCUUUUUUCACAUUCGGUACAUUGAAGACUCUGGGACUCACUCACUUUCCAGAGCUCCUAGGCAAGCCGUCUCUCGACAAUCCUGAUGUUCUAGUGCUGAAGACGCAUGUCAAUCUGAUGUGUGGUGGAGUUGCUGGAGCGAUUGCUCAAACUAUAUCAUAUCCACUAGAUGUUGCCCGGAGGAGAAUGCAGUUAGGUGCAUCACUGCCUGAUUUUGACAAAUGUUGCAGCCUGACAAAAACUCUCAAGUAUGUGUACACCCAGUAUGGUGUUAAGAAAGGACUGUAUCGGGGCCUGUCCCUCAACUACAUCCGCUGUAUACCGUCACAGGCCGUUGCCUUCACCACUUACGAGUUCAUGAAGCAAGUUCUGCAUCUAAACUAGAACAAACAGUGACUAAGCCUUAAAGAAAAGAGUUGAAACAACCCCUGGCAACAUCACAGCAGCCUUGUCUGCCAUUCCAGUGACCAGUCAUCUGAACUCCAGUUCUUACAAAACACCCACACAAACGGCAAACCUGUGGCUUUGCACAGCCCAGCAACAGUCACUAUGGAUACAGAGACAAAAGCUCGCUUUUCCGUUUUGUGUGGAUCAGAAACAACCGACACUGGAAAUGCCAUGGAAACCUACAUCUGAAACUUGACUGUAAGAAGCCAUCCUGUCUCAAUUUGAACAAUCUGCCUUAAUAUUUCACUCAUAUAACACAAAAUCACAGUACAUUUUAUCUUUGUGGGCAGUUUGAUUUGGUGUUUAACAGUGCUUUUAAUUAUGACUGAUGUCUUUUUAUGUCAAAAAUGGAAGUUGAUUUUUCUUUGUUUCAUUCAUAUGUAGCUUUAUAUUUCAGCAAAUCAGAGUCACCUCAAGUCUUAUUGACUGAUACUUGUCUCUUUUACUGAUAAAGAUGACUUUCCUCUACAAUUCAAUAAUACAGUGAAUGGAAGAGAGUGUACAUGAUGUCUAUGCAGUAUUCAGUCAUGUUCGCAUGCAGAAGUUACUGUAGCUCAGCUUUAAUAUCUGAUGCCUUACAGUUCAAGAUUAAUUCACAAUCUCCCUUUUUAUAAGAAUGUGUGGUCAUAGCUGAUAUGUAUAUGAACCUUAAAUUAUUGUUCGCUGAUUUGUGAUGGGAACUAAAAGAGUCCAUUAAAUACAAUAAUGACUUGCCUUGCCAUGUGUUGUCAUAAAUAAUUGUCUUGCUUGUCAAGUAGUGCAUGUCAAAUAUACCUUUUACACUGGUAUUACACUUUUACCAGGCCAGAUGAAAAUUAACACUGAUUAUUAUUAUUUUUAUAAAUAUAUAUAUAUAUAUAUAUAUAAAAUAGAGCUAUUGCCUAUUGUUUUGUAUGUAAAUGAGCUCUAAACUGCUCCAUUUGUUUCUUUCUGUUGUAAUUGCUUUUGUUGCCAUGUGGUGGCAGUGUUGCAGUGAAUUGAGUUCUUAAACCUCUUUAAAUUUGAAUUUUGGGUUCACGUAGGUGUUGAUCAUUUAGCUGCAUGUGUUUCCAGAGAUGAAGGGGAACAUUUUUGAGUAUAUGUGUGUAUGACUACAUUCAAAAGUGACUGAUACAGUUUUAUUAUUGAGUGGAUACAUGUAUGAGUAGUGAAGGUCGUGAUUCAUUGAUCACAUUUCAGUUUAUUUGCACUAAAUGCUGUCGAGUUGAAUCACUAGAAUAUGAGGUCUGUCUUAAGCUUAUCUUUGCUGAUUCCUGAGAGAAAGUUCAUCUUGCUGCUUUGGAUAAAUCGCCUUUAUUUAUUCAUGGUAAAUUUGUAUAAUGAAUAUAAAGUCAGAUUGAAAUGGUUAACAGGCACUGAACAAAGUGAGAAUGUCUGUUUUGUACAUGUGAUUUUGUGUGUGUAUGCUUAGAUCAUUAAAGAAAUGUAAAUGCUAAACCAA